GUGCCUGAUUACCUAUAUAUGAGCGUCACGUCUCACGUUUCAAGGAUCUACUGCUGCGGUACAAUUUGAAAUGUCUGAAAAAGAGGUGCAAUCUGUUCUGCGCUGCGGGCAGUGCAAUAAGCCGUUCGACAAGCAGUCCACGCUGAAGAGACAUGGCUACUACUGCCGAUCCCGCAGAGUCGGGAAUGCCACUCGGUCCAAAGCUUGUAUUAGCUGCGCAAGGAAAAAAGUCCGUUGCGACAAUAGGGAACCUCAAUGCUCGAGAUACCAGCAUCGCCAAGUUCUCGUAUCAGCAAAGCAAGGAUGUGACUGUUACCUUCCCGUCACUAGAGCCAUCGUACUUGAUUUCGCAAACCGCAGCGCCGCCCGAGUAUCCAACAGUACAACUGCAGGAAGUCAUGUGGUCCCCAAGCCUAUCAAUACCACCGGUACUAAGCCAUACACCCCGGUCACUGAUCCAGCGACCGACCAUGAGGACUGGGGCCGAGAGAAUCCGCAGCCUGAUCUUUCACACGAUGAAAUCAUAUCCAUUGAUGAUCCUGCACAACGACUCCGUUCUCCCCUACGUCCAUGCGCACUUGGCAUCAUCCGACGACGAGGACGACGGCAUGGAACCACUGAACAACUGCAUCAGCUUGGUGCACAUGCUCAGCCACGGAGUCCGGGGCAGUUCGAAGCUGUUCUGGAAAAACGUGCGUCAGGAAUGUGAUCGCUUGUGCGCAACGCACAUGAACAUGAACAAGUGUGAGCUACUUGCUGCCAUGCAGGCUCUUUCCAUCUAUAUUAUCAUGAGGCUGGAUCAGGGCGAGACAGAUAACAACAACGUCGACUUCCUCAUGACCGCGACAGUGACGGCAUUAGCAAAACGCUUCAACGAAGUCUUAACCCUCGAAAAGCGAGAAUUCUCCGGAUCUAGCCGUGAUCUCACUUGGAAGAGUUGGAUCUUGCAGGAAUCAGGCCGGAGGAUAUGCGUGGUAUACCAAGUCCUUAACCUGCUGGUAUAUUUCGAACCCGCGGCGCUGUGCGAUAAGGAGGGCGGCUUCAUGCUGGCACCGCUGCCGGCGCAACAGGAUCUGUGGGAAGCAAGCGACGAGUUCGCGUGGAGAGUGGCGAGCCGGGGGGACUACGAGUUCGGGCCUCAGUUCGGGCUGACCAUGAAGGGUGAUCUAGUUAAGCUAGACAAAAAGUCCUCUGCCUACAGAGAGACGUUGCUGAUCGACAAGUCCAUGGAGGCUGGUCUCCAAUCAGCAAGCGUGGCGCCUUGGGAGGAGUGGUGUUCGGGGAUGGAUAGGUUCGGUGGGCUUGUCAUGCUUGCUGCUUCUUUGAUGAGUACUUGAUCGAGAUUCAAAAGACUUCUUCGUUUCACCACAACUCAUGAAUACUCGAACGCUUUGAAUUGUGAUCUUAGACUUCUAUCAGGAAGUGUAAACUCAACCGAUAUUUUCUAUAUAGAUUGAAAGGCCACAUUGAAGACUUCGACGACACACCGCGUCUUGCAACUUUAGAUCCAUGGUGCAAACACCAUCCAUACCCAGAG